AUGGUAUGCAAAUUUGUAGGUGACAAGACAAUUGAAUUCACAAAAGAAUUAUGGGAUAAAAUAGACAGAAUACCUAACAAUGCAGAAAACUCAGAGAAUUCGAAUGUCCGAAAUUUAACGACAGAAGCGAAAACACUCCUUCGCGGUGAGUUCAAUUUUGACAUUGUCUUUAUACUAUUCUUUACGGUAUCUCUGAGCAUCACCUUUGUUGUUUGUUUGUAUGUAUUGUAGCAUAUAGCCUAUAGGAAGUAAAAUUAUUUAUGUUAAAUUUUUUUUCGUUUAAAUUCCCUACCUUUCCCCAGACGCUAUAUAAAAUGUUUACAUGAAGUGAUCUCGUGGCCGCCUGUGUAAAACGCUACAUCAUACACUGCAAAAAAACGCCUAGCCUGUAACAAUGUUGAUGAAAACAGGAAAAACGAUGAACCGACCAGUUCUUACAUAAACCAAGACAAAAACAUAGAUAAUGAGAUCUAUUAUGUUUGCAUCUAGUUAACCUUAUUCUAUUGACUAUGAUUAGCCCAACGUCUGAAUUACGAAAACUAGGCUCUAUAUACAAAGUGACGUACUUUCCGGAAGUGUGUAUUGUGGUAGGCUGCUAAACAUCACUCAUGUUAUUUGUUGUGUGCAUGUAUUGAAUUGUAGGAUAUAAAAAAUGAAAUGAUUUACGUUCGUUUGAGCAAAGCAAAUCAAACGUAAUCCACUUUUGCGAGAGAUAAGAUGGAGGAUUAAGAAUAUAAGUAUGGCUCUUGUUGGAAAGAGUUGAACUCCUAUUAAAUGUUAUAUACCUCUUUUCAAUAUCUUUAGAUAAAGUUAUAGACGAAAAUGCUGUUAAAAAUAUCUUUUUGAAUGAAAUCAAAAUUAAAAACGAAAAAAAUGAUGAUAGAACGAUUGGUAUGUAUUUUAUAAUUCUAUACGCGCUGUCUAACUUUAGCAUGUUCGCGUGCGUUACUGUUAGAUAUAUGUAGUUUAUCGAUAUUUUUACAUACAUAGCGACAAAACUCAGGAUUUUAGCUGUCGGGAAAUGAUCAUGCAAAUAUGAUUCAAAUAAAAGCGCAUUUUCCAAUUAUUGAAAAUAAACUAUUUGCAUGCACAUGGAUCCAAAAAUCAUGAAUUUUAUUUUACAAAGCCCCAAAUUCUGUUUAAGCGUAUUGUUUGGCAAGAAACAUAAGUGAAUAGUAAUUAAUUGCUUUUUCUUGAAAAAAAAGUAAUUUCGACCGGCAAUUUUUAAUUUCGGCCGGUCAUUAUCAUUUGGAAUGAUACAAAAGCUAAAAUCCUAUAAUAUUUAUUAAUAUGAACACUUAAUAUUGAGCGCGCAAGAUUAAUAAAUUUGGAUAAGUUUUUUUUAUACACCCAGUCAUAAUAUUAUAACUGGCAUUCAUAUUCUUUCCAGUCGGGACUUCUAAAAAACCUCUUGGAUAAUUUUCCAUUUCCCUUUCCGCGCGAACCCGUAAAGCGUUUGCGGACACAUUGACGAGCUCCUACACUGUAUGUGUUGGAAUAAAGAACUGCUAUUUUCUAACUUUUAUUUAUUGUACUUCUAGCGUCUUACUGCAGAGAUGCAAAAAACGAUGAAUUUUGGCAAUUUAGAUUUAGCGAUGAAACAUUCGAGUCUGUGAAGAAUUUACCGAGAGAACCUGCUCAUUGUUUUUUACAAUUG